UGUCCUGCUGCUUUUGCCUGUCGUGUACGCCUCUUUUGCCUGGCUCUUUGCCUCGUGACAGCUUGGCAGCCCUUGUCAGCUCUACCACAAUGGCGUAUCCAGCCUAGAAUGCUAGCUGAUCGGCUCCCCACAGCUUCACAUCAUACCGGAGAAGAUGCUCUUCUGCCCUCGGCAAACUUUGACGAGCCUCUGGAGACCCCAAGAUUGCCCUCUCUCAUACUAGCCUCUAGUGCUGGGAGUGGCGGUAGCGCCAGCUCUGAUGAUAACAGUGCUGGCAGCAUUAUUUGGAAUGGGCUGUCCAGACCGCAUACGAUCUUUAGAGAUUUUGGCAAAACUAGUAACUCGGAUAACCGCCGGUCGAACGCAACUGAGGAACAGCGAAUACAGCAGAGCAAAUCUAACGACCACCGACUGAGAGGUGGUUCUUCAAAUCAUAUUCCCGCUCUACUCAAGAGUUGGCAAGAUGCAGGGCCAGACCAGCCUCGUCUGCAUCCAACCUUCCUCUGGGUGGACAGCGCUGAAAAAGAGGAUCACAGACACCAGAGAGGCUCGGAUUCAAGCAGCAGAGUGGAUCCCAUCUCUUUCGACGUAAGUUGGUUGCGAUUCCCUUACCCGUUCUAUCCUUUUUCACUUAAAGAGAAAAUAUCCGGAAUGCCAUUUAGUGGCAAUUAA